AUGUGGGGAUAUUUCUUUGGAGGGAACUCUCAACAAAAGAAGGAGUUGCCCAAGAAGGCUAUAGUGGAAUUACGUGAACACAUUUCAACAUUGAACAAAAAGAAGAAUCAUUUACAACAACAAAUGGACGACCAAGAUCAACUUGCACGGAAAUAUGUGUCAUCAAAGCAAACAACACUAGCCAAGAAUGCAUUAAAGCGUAAAAAAGGUUACGAAACAAAUUUGAUCAAGGUUGAAAAUCAAAUAGAAACGUUAGAAACUCAACUAGUAUCAAUCGAAGGAGCCAAUUUGAAUUUGGAAACUAUGAAGGCCAUGAAACAAGGUGCUAAAGCAAUGAAACAAAUACAUGGAGAAUACGAUGUAGAUAAAGUUGAAGAUACUAUGGAUGAGAUUAGAGAGCAAGUUGAAUUGGCGGAUGAGAUUUCUGAAGCUAUAUCAAGACCAGUUGGAAACGAAUAUGUUGAUGAAGACGAGCUAGAUCAAGAGUUGGCUGAAUUGGAAAAUGAAAAUAGAGAAGCAGAAAGGGAGAAAGUCAAGCCACAGAAACAGCCAGCAGCUGCUGUACCUGUGCAGAAAGAAGAACAAUUACCAUCGUUCCCUGCCGUUAAUAAAGCUACACCUGUUUCACAAGAUGAUGAAGAUGAAGCUGCCUUGAAAGCUUUACAAGAAGAAAUGGGAUUAUAA